CUUAUUGCAUUUUACAUGAUGGCAGACACGUGUGAUAUGUGAUCCAUGAGAAGAGAGCUAGUGUUAGGCCUAAAAUUGAUUGGAUGGGAGCACUACAUUGGCCCUCUCCCAUGUGCGAAUCCUAGACCUGUGAUAAUAUUCAUUCCUUAACACGCUUCACUGGCUCACACGCGUGCUAACUCUUCCCUCCUUCACAUGCUCGCACGUUUUACAAUCUAUCAAUCUUUUCUCUCUCCUAUCGCCGGAAAAUUUGCCGGAACUCCCCAAAAUUCUGUCGGAAAUCCUCUUUGUAGCAUCUCCCUAAGGUUUUUUGCACCAUUCAUUUCAUGAUACGGGUCCGUCUUUCUGGAUGAUAUCUGGGAUGGGGCGAGAGGGUAGCCUUACGCGCCUACAUAAAAAUUAGGGAGCUUGUCUACUUUUUGUAUGAAAUCCUAGAAAGGAGCCUGUUAAAUGUUCUUCACUCUACAAUCUCAAUUGACCUCGUUGAAGAUGGCGCCCUAUGUAUAUUUGUAGGAUGCAAAAAAAGUUGAGACUUUUUGUUAUUGCAGCUUCUGGCCGGUGUAUUGCUAAUAUUUCCGGCAUAUCUUGCAAGUGUAGUGUGAGGAAAAGGCGUCAUUUGUUGAUAUAGAAGGUUUUCUCGUCUAAGUAUUAAUGGAAAAGAAGACAAUAUUGAAUUCUUUGUAGUAUUUUGAUUUGAAAAAGAAGAUGAAUAUGGAAACAGGGAUUCAGAAAUUGAUUGGAACUAGUGAAGAUGAUGAGGAAGAGAUGGGUAUGGAUGCAAAGGAAGAAGAUGAUGAUGAAGAAGGUAAAAAUUUGGCUGCAUCCAUGAUGGUCAAUAUGAAUGAAGGAAUUGCUAUAAGCAGCAAUAACAAUCAGUUUCAUUAUCAAUUACAAAUCCAAGAGCAAACUAAUCAGGGAGGAGUUUCUAAAAGGUCGAGGCCAUUAGAAGAGAAGGAGAGAACAAAGUUGCGGGAACGUCAUCGGAGAGCCAUUACUGCAAGGAUCUUAGCUGGGCUUCGGCGCCAUGGGAAUUACAAUCUUAGGGUCAGAGCUGAUAUAAAUGAUGUUAUUGCAGCUCUGGCUAGAGAAGCUGGGUGGGUUGUGCUUCCAGAUGGUACUACAUUUCCUUCGCGGUCUCAGGGUUCAAGGCCUUCUGGUGAUCCAUUGAUACCAGCUGCCAUGCCUACUCAACAAAUGUUGCCCCAAGGCCCCCAACAGAAUCAGUCUGCCUCCUUCAAAGGUGUGAGCACCGGCUAUCAUAGCUCUGUGGAAUAUAACAGUGUUCCAGAAAAAGGUGUUUUCAUGUCAACUACAUCUCCUUAUGAUGUAUCUUCUAGUUCACUUUCCCAUGCGUCCUCCGUAGUUGGUAGUAGAGCAGAAGGAACAGACAACUAUCCUCUUACCAGUAGCUCCGUUGAUACCAUGGGUAACAAGCAGGUGAUUGAUCCCUCAUCAAGGCUCCAAGAGCAUGACUUUGCUGGAACUCCAUACAUUCCAGUCUAUGUAAUGUUAUCAUUGGGUGUCAUAAAUAUGAAAUGUGAGCUUACUGACCCUGAUGGCCUGCUUAAGCAGCUGAGGAUUUUGAAAUCAAUUAAUGUUGAUGGUGUUAUGGUUGACUGUUGGUGGGGGAUAGUGGAAGCUCAUGUACCACAAGAAUAUAAUUGGAAUGGCUACAAGAGACUGUUCCAAAUUGUAAGAGAUGUCAAACUAAAAUUGCAGGUUGUGAUGUCAUUUCAUGAGUGUGGAGGCAAUUUUCGCGAUGAUGUUUGUAUUCCUUUGCCCCUAUGGGUGGCGGAGAUUGGUCGUAGUAACCCCAACAUAUAUUUCACCGAUAAGGAGGGACGACGAAAUCCUGAAUGCCUUUCAUGGGGAAUCGAUAAGGAGCGAGUGCUAAAAGGACGAACAGCUUUAGAGGUCUAUUUUGAUUUCAUGCGAAGCUUCCGGAUAGAGUUUGAUGAGUUCUUUGAAGAUGGUAUCAUCUCCAUGAUUGAAGUUGGACUAGGUCCAUGUGGUGAAUUGAGAUACCCCUCUUUCCCCGUUAAGCAUGGUUGGAGAUACCCUGGCAUUGGGGAGUUUCAGUGUUAUGAUCAGUAUAUGUUGAAAAGCUUGCGGAAGGCAGCUGAAGCCAGAGGACAUGCAUUUUGGGCUAAAGGGCCAGCCAAUGCAGGUUUCUACAAUUCGCGGCCCCAGGAGACUGGAUUUUUUUGUGAUGGAGGUGAAUACGAUGGCUAUCACGGCAGGUUUUUCCUUAACUGGUAUUCUCAGGUCUUAGUUGAACAUGGUGAUCGGAUACUUUCUCUGGCCAAGCUAGCUUUUGACGGAACUUGCAUUGCUGCAAAGAUAUCAGGGGUACAUUGGUGGUACAAGACUGCCAGUCAUGCAGCUGAAUUAACUGCAGGUUUCUAUAACUCAUGCAAUCGUGAUGGUUAUGCAGCAGUGAUGUCCAUGUUAAAGAAGCAUAGAGCUGCUUUGAGUUUCACGACUGCAGAAGCGGCCAUGUUAGAUCAGUCCGAGGAUUCCUCUGAAGCACUAGCAGAUCCUGAAGGCUUGGCUUGGCAAGUACUGAAUUCUGUAUGGGAUGUUUGCAUUCCAGUUGCCAGUGAAAACUCUGUUCCUUGCCACAGUAGAGAAGUUUAUAACAAAAUACUAGAGAAUGCAAAGCCCGUUAGUGAUCCUGAUGGACGACAUAUGCUUUCAUUCAAAUACAAUCGGCUUAGCUUCAAACUCAUGGAAAGACAAAGUCUUAUGGAAUUUGAAAGAUUUAUCAAAAGAAUGCAUGGCGAAGCAGUUCUUGACCCACAGAUAUAAUUGAAGAUUAAAUUAUCCAUUUCUCCUGCAGAUCUGACAAUGGCAUGCAGUUUUUAGUAUGGUUUUACAAAUUGGAUCUUGAAUCCCCUCGGUGUAUAUUCUUAUUGUACAUGAUUUGAUUAGGGGAUAAGCUGUUCUAAUUUGUUCUUGGGGCUUUGGCCUUUGCGGCUUGAUAACCAAAAUUUUACGUCCAAUUUAAUAUAUUGGUGUCAAGUUGUACUUCAUAUUUUAAAUUUAUGCAUGCCUUUUUCUCAUGAAAACAUUAAUGUUCAAUGUUUGAAUGGUAAAAUGUUAAUCAAGCCACGUCA